AUGGAGGAGUGGAGGCAAUGCGGGCGCUGGUUGAUCGACUGCAAGGUCCUACCGCCCAACCACCGGGUCGUAUGGCCCUCGGCCGCCGUCUUCGACCUGGCCCAGGCGCUCCGGGACGGGGUGCUGCUGUGCCAGAUGCUGCACAACCUCUCCCCGGGGUCCGUGGACCUAAAGGAGAUCAACUUCAGACCUCAGAUGUCACAGGAGGUAAACACAGGAGGAGGUUUCCCCCAGCCGGGGUCAGCAGCCAGGCCGCACAGCGUGAGGGCUGAUGUGAUCUCGUCUCUGUCAAGGAUUUCCCGCCACAGCAUCGCACAGAUCAAAGGGAUAAGGCCCUUUCCAUCGGAGGACACGGCUCUGAAUGAAGAUGAUGUGUACCGAAGUCUUGAGGAGCUGGCAGACGAGCACGACCUGGGUGAGGAUGACAUCUACGACUGCGUGCCGUGCGAGGACGACGGAGACGACAUCUACGAGGACAUCAUCAAGGUGGAGGUCCGCCAGCCCAUGAAGAUGGGCAUGAGUGAGGACGACAAGAGGAACUGCUGUCUAGUGGAGAUCCAGGAGACCGAGGCCAAGUACUACAAGACCUUGGAGGACAUCGAGAAGAACUACAUGAUACCCCUGAAGCAGGUGUUCACUGUCCACGAGAUGGAGGCCAUCUUCGUCAACUUGGAGGAUGUGAUCAAGGUGCACUUUACCCUGCUGAGGGCCAUCGACCUCAACAUGGUGGGAGGAGGGAACGGCCUGGGGAACAUCUUCCUGGACUUCAAGGAGAGGUUGUUGAUCUACGGUCAGUACUGCAGCCACAUGGAGACGGCUCAGAAGACACUGGACGACCUCAUCGCCACGCGGGAGGAGGUUAAGGUUAAAGUUGAGGAGUGCACAAUGAAGGUGCAGGAAGGGAAGUUCAAGCUGCAGGAUCUUCUGGUGGUUCCAAUGCAGAGGGUCCUGAAGUACCAUCUACUGCUGAAGGAACUCCUGAGUCACUCUGCAGAGAGACCGGAGAGACAGCAGCUGAAAGAAGCCCUGGAGGCCAUGCAGGACCUGGCGAUGUACAUCAACGAAGUGAAGCGAGACAACGAGACACUGAAGAAAAUUAGUGAAUUCCAAAGUUCCAUCGAAAACCUUCAGCAGGUCAAACUGGAGGAGUACGGCAGGCCAAAGAUCGACGGAGAACUCAAAGUGUCCUCUAUCAUCAACAGAACUAAACAGGACCGGUACAUCUUCUUGUUUGACAAGGUGGUGAUCGUGUGCAAGAGAAAGGGCUACAGCUAUGAGCUCAAGGAGAUCAUUGAGCUUCAGUCCUACAAAAUGUCAGACGACCUCAUGAACAACAGGGAUAUGAAGAAGUCCAGUGGAAAAAUGUGGUCGUACGGCUUCUACCUGAUCCACCUGCAAGGCAAGCAGGGCUUCCAGUUCUUCUGCAAGACGGAGGAGACCAAGAGGAAGUGGAUGGAGCAGUUUGAAAUGGCCAUGUCCAACAUCAAGCCUGAGAGAGCCACAGCCAAUCAUCACAACUUCCAGAUGCACACCUUUGAUAAGAACACCAACUGCCGUGCCUGCAAGAUGUUGUUAAGGGGCAUCUUCUACCAGGGCUAUUUCUGUGCACAUUGUGGCACAGGUGCACACAAGGAGUGCCUGGAAGUUAUCACCAUCUGUAAAAUCAAUCCCCAUGAUCUGGAAGCUGGGAUGUCGUUGGGUCCUAAGAUGGUGGCGGUGCGGAACUACCACGGCACGCCCGCGCCCCCGGGGAAGCCCCCGCUGGCCCUCCAGACCGGGGACUUCAUCGAGCUGCUGAAGGGGGAGCCUGAAACCUCCUGGUGGGAGGGUAAAAUCCUCCAGACACACAAGAGCGGCUUUUUCCCCAGUACCUGCGUCAAGCCAUGUUUGGACCCCAAGCCAUUCCAGUCGUGUCCUAGUCGACAGUCGUCAAGGGAGACGGACUACUAUGGUUACCCUUGGUUUGCUGGGAACAUGGAGCGGCAGCAGGCAGACAACCUGCUGAAGUCCCACAUCAGCGGGACCUACCUGAUCAGGGAGCGCACUGCCGAGGCGGAACGCUUCGCCAUUAGCAUCAAGUUCAACGAUGAAGUGAAGCACAUCAAGGUCAUUGAGAAGGACAGCUGGAUUCACAUCACAGAGGCCAAGAAAUUUGAAAGUCUUCUGGAGUUGGUGGAGUACUACCAGGCCCACUCCCUGAAGGAGAGCUUCAAGCUGCUGGACACGACGUUACGCUAUCCCUACAAGUCCAAAGAGCGUUCCCUAACCCGGACCAGCACCCGCUCUCCAGCAGCCUCAUGCGCCUCCUACAACUUCUCCUUCCUCAGCCCGCAAGGUCUCAACUUCUCCUCUUCUCAGAGCUCAGCUCCCUUUUGGUCAGUGUUCACGCCGCGGGUGGUGAACACGGCGGUGGCCAGGUAUAACUUUGCGGCGCGGGACAUGAGGGAGCUGUCGCUUCGGGAGGGGGACAUCGUCAAGAUCUACAGCAAGAUCGGCGGAGACCAGGGCUGGUGGAAGGGAGAGGCCAACGGCAGAAUCGGAUGGUUCCCCUCCACCUAUGUGGAUGAAGAGGCUGUGCAGUAGGACCCAAAUGCUGUCAACUCCCCCCCCCCCCUUCCCUCCGUUGGACCCCCACCUCGUUAGACAGGCCAAGGAGGUCCGCCCAGGAAACUCAACUCAAUGGAUAAAAAAAGAGAAAAGGCAACUUUUUUUUGCUGGAUACUCCUUUAAAUGCAGUGAGCGUUUCUACCAAAUUGUUUUGUGAGUCGGCUUCGCUUUUUUUCAAUUUUUGUAUUUUUUUUGUUAUGAUGUCACUUCUGUGCACAGAGGGAGGGCGGGACCACCGUCUGCCGUCCUCUGUGUCGCGCCGUGGCUUUAUGGAACGAUAUUGAACAUAAUAUAGAGCUGCAGGGUUCUUUUACGUUGACAAAGGCUGCCCCUCGUUGCAGGUCUAUGCUUGGAGAAUUAAAUGUACAGUAUAGAUAAUUUAUUGAAUAGAGAUGCCAAUGAUUAUUGUGCUGAAGUAUAACAAAAAAUACUGAUAUUAGUAACGGCAGAUAAUCGGAUUGCAGAAAAAAUAAGAAAAAAAGAGGGUUUCUCGGUUGUCAUGGAGGACGAUUUUGCCUUAGUUGUCAUGGCGAUGCCUUGGGGGGGUAAAUCCGAUGGAUAGACAAAAAAAUACUUAUUUCUUGCAAGUACAUACAGACACACACACACACACACACACACACACACACACACACUUACAACCACAUCCUGACCAAUGUACAGUACAGUGCCUUUGAAGAAUGGUCAUUGUUCUCAGAAACUCAACAUCAACUAACCAAGAACCCACUAACUUGUCACUUCCUCCUCUUCCCCUAUAAAGUCACUCCGACCCCAAUAAGACUACUGUAAAACAUCUGGAAUAAGGGGCGAGUCACUUAUCAACCAAUGUCAGCUUCACUUCCAAGGGAAAAAAACCCUGGAAAACAAGAUAGAAGAUCUUGUCUGAGUACUAAAUGUAACUGGAGUGGACAACCAUAGACAGAGAACGGUUGCUGAGAUUAAAACAUGGAGGGACGGUGUUAUGAGUCUAAACAACAACGGUAUGUGGUUCACAUCGGGCCCGGUGUUGGUUUUCAUCUGGACUGGAGCAGUUUUCACCGACUUAUAAUUCAUACCAUGCCACUCUUUCAAAUGUAGAUGCUCUUGUUUUUCAGUUUUUGCUUUGCACAGAAUCUAAAUGUGUUUGUUGAUUAUACAAAAGAAGAAAAAGAAGGGUACAAAAAUACUGGACUGUCUCAAACUCUCUCAAGCCAAAUUCAAUUUUUUUUUGUUUUCUGCAUGGAAUUCUGUCUUUCUAGUUUGUUCCUUUAAUUACAGACCAUCAGAGCUGGUGGUGGUGGUGGGAUGACAUUAAUCAUGUUCCUUGUGUGAUUGAGUUUUUUUUGGCACCUUGUGGACUGGUGGAAACCAGUGUUAUUUAAACAUGAAGUUACAACACUGUCUGUGAACUAGUUAACUGCCCAGGAGGCAGAAGUACCCACUGUGGUUUGGUGGAUAUUCAGCAGUAAACAUCUUCGUGUAUCCGUUUAUUUUCUUCUCCAGUAUUUUUCAAAGUGCCGUCAAAGUUUCCGUCUCGGUCUGUUCUGAUGUCGGGGUACUUCUCCCACUUCUCUGUUAAGUAGUACACAGACCGUGGUUUCUGAUGUCAUUUUCAAAGCUUGUUUACAGGUUUUCUUGUUGUUGGGAAAUGUAGUAAAACAUGACAUGAAACAGUACAUCGAAUAAUACAUGUCCAGUUAGAGAUAUUGGUCAAACCAACUGCUAAAAGGAUUAAUUUAUUGAAUUCAAACGUAUUCUUAAUCUUAAAACGACUGUAUGUUGUUGAAGUUGAACAGUCCUAUAAGGGUCAGACUGUCGCUGUUCAUGGGGAGGAAAUAUAAAUGCAGCUUUUUCUAAUGAAACCUUUCGACUAAAAAAGUAAUUAUGUUAAUGUGUAAAAUGUAGUGUUCACAGAGUCAAAGUGAAGUCACAACUUUUUAAAAGACAAUUGUUCAAAAUUCCCAUACAAUGUUCAUUUGAAGAUGCUCCUCGAGAGCUCAAAAGUUUAUUACAGACGAAAAAUGUACUAACCCUUCUCAUCCCCCCACUACGCCAAAUAACAGCCAGUGGAGCAAGCAAAACCAUAACCUGAAAACCAUUACACUGACUGUUCACCAAGACUGAUGGACCUGAAGAAGGCGAUGUUCGUGAUGAUAUACUAAGCCUCUUGGACUGUCUUACAAUCUUAUGUUCCAAAUGCCAACUGCCCCUCGAUCACGAGUCAUACCACCUUGUCUUGUUUCAGAGAAAGCUUUGAGAGCUUUGGACGGUGGAACACUGUAGUAGGCCUCCAUGUAAUCUCAGAGAGAGACGGGGGGGGGGGGGUUGUCUCUGUUAGUGUCGUGGAUGGAGAACAAGGAGACCAUCGCAUGUGGCCGUUGAUAUUUCAACUCCUGUCAGUACAUCCUCAUGAAAACGUGGAAAAAAAGAUAACUUAAUUGUGUAAAUUUUUUUGAAUGGUUGAGUAUUUCAAAAAUGACGUCUAUGAUGAAAUAAAUAUUUCUCUUUUUUGUCUAUGUAUGGGAUUUAAUGUUUUUUUGCUCGAACCCUGUUUGUGUGUCAAAUGACGAACUACGAAUCAAAAAAAGACACACAUUUUCAAUUAUGAAUAUUCAUAUUUAAUACACACACAUAAUUAGGCACUUUCUGUGUAGCGUUGGCUCAAAAAGGCUGUCGGGUGAUCCAAAGAUAAUUAUUAAGUGUGUAAUUUAAUUAGUUCACUAAUAGGGAUAAUAACGAAAACUAACUAUUGAUAUAUAUUUCAUAUGCAUAUGGGAUUUCACAGUGUUGAAACAUUUUAUUUCUAAUGAAUGCUUGCUCCAUUAUUUUUAAUGUAAAAACUUUAAAUUAGUAAUACACGUGUAAAUACACAGUUCAUCUUGGGGAACCAGGGCAGCGUAAGUGCCCUAAUCAUACCACAUCUCCAUACUUGGCGGAAUAGCUGAAAGUUGUGCUUCCAGGGCUGGUGGUGGAUUGGGGGGAAGUGAACUCGCUGUCCCCAAUAAAGUAAGGCUCUGGCCUGGAUACAUGGCUGUAACUGCCCCCCCGGUACUGGCUGGUGCUUCUGUUGGUGAAACGACUGGUAGGUCGGCUCUCUGGGGCGGGAGCAUCCUCCCUUUGAGAACAAAACAACAGUGGAUCAGAACAGAUCCAAGAGCCAAAUUACUAUUUCUGUAAUGAUCUACAGGGAAAACCAAAAUAACUAACAUGGACGGAAAAUGUCUCAUGUCGAGACCGGUUUCACGGCUACCCGCUAACAUGUAUUAUGGAUUACCAGCCUCAUUAUACAAACAUUGAGAUGAUCCUCAAGUGACGUGCAUUGCUUUCAGAUGUCCCAUUCUUAAGGAGCAGGUAAAGAGGAGGCAUCUGGCUCUAGGAGGCCUGCAGGUAGACAGCAGAGUCGGACACCCUAACCACUCAUUCACUAUCUUGCCCCCUAAUCAUAGAAAGCAAUUUGCCCCGGGGUUAAUGUUGAUAUCAGUAUUUUAAAUCUGCAUGUGACUGCUGAAUCUGGUGGUAAAUGUUAACUGUUGGAAGCUAUUUGCCUCUCCAUUUCUCAUCCCAAUGAAGAAGACUUCCACUGAUUAAGAAAGUGGGAGUCUCCCUAAUCUGAUUUGGAGAU